GUAAUUACAAAAAGUCCCUAGUUCUGGAAGAUGUAAAAUGGCUGCUAUCCGAUAGCUGUCAAGCUCGCGAAAUGUCAAGUCUUGUUAAUUUUGGACGAUAUCGCCUUUAAAGAGUGAAGUAUUUGAAAAGCGCUUUGAAAUGAACACGUAUGAUAGAGGAGCACCAGGCAUAUCUGGCAAUGCUUUCGACCGAUGGGUUCAAAGAUCUGAAUUCCCUGAUGAUUCUCCAAUCACAAAAAUGCAACACCAAUUUUGGGUCACCAAGCAAACCCUGUCUCGUAAGCUGGGCAAAAAGGAGGAUGACUGUAUAGUAUCGUCAGAUGCAGAACUGGAUGCUAAACUAGAACUCUUUCGAAGUAUCCAAGAAUCCUGUCUUUACUUACAAAAAAUCAUUGAUAAAUACCAAGAAAGAUUAUGCAAUUUGGCCCAAGAGGAAAAUGCAAUGGGUCGUUUCCUAAAAGAAGCUGGAAAGCAGGAUAAAACAAGAGCUGGGAAAAUGAUGUCAGCAGUCGGAAAAUCCCUAUCUUAUUCCGGUCAACAACGUCUAGCAUUGCGAGCCCCAUUAGUUAGGCUUUAUCAGGAAGUGGAAACGUUCAGGCAACGAGCUAUUGAAGAUACUUUGCAAAAUGUACAGGCUAUGGAAAAAGCCAGAACUGAAUAUCGUGCUGCUCUAUCGUGGAUGAAGAACAUAUCCCAGGAACUAGAUCCUGACACCUCUAAACAGUUAGAACGAUUUCGAAAGGUGCAGACUCGUGUUCGCAGAGGAAAAGUUGCCUUCGAUAAUUUGACUCUUGACUGCCUCCAAAAAGUGGACUUACUAGCUGCAGCCCGAUGUAAUAUGUUCAGCCAUGCUCUUGUCCUCUAUCAAAGUACAUUGCUUAACUUUACUAAGAAAUCUGCUCAGGCUUAUUUAACGAUAGCAAACAGCUUCAAAGGCUAUCAACACUAUGACUUUAUGGUUGUGCGAGAACUCGCAGAAUCUUCCUGUAAAUUAGCUCAGGAAACUGGCAGCAGUGAAGAUCCUGAGGACAAAGACAAGCUUCUUUUCUUUGACGCAGACUAUCAUGACAAUGUCGACGAAGCCCAGGAAGUAAAACCAACUGACGAAUUCCCAGCAGUAGAAAGUAACACAGCAGAUGUGAAGCUUUUGGACAUUGGAAAUGAUACAGAGGAUAUCCUGGGUUUAGACGGUCUUGAUCUUAGCAUGACAAGCACCAGUAACGAUACCAAAGUACAAAACAUACUGAGUUCUUCUCGCAGCGCGGAAUUAAGCGAUCUGUUUGGAAACCUAAUGUCUGAGGGUACCCUUAAUGGCAAGAUAUCCAGCCAUGAAACUCCUUCAAGUGGACAACUGCAGCUGGACAAAAGCUUAGCCGAACUCGACUUGGCAAUGGAUUCCUUUGGCACUGGUGGUACUGGCUUAGACUUUAUCAACCCCCCAUCCUUAGCACGACAGACAUCACAAGAACAAACACAGCAACCACUUCAACUAUUCACUUCUGAGAGCGUAGCAUUAUUAGAUGAUAUCCUUAAUAGUAGCACGAAUAGCAACACCGACUGGGAUACCUUAACUGGCGAUACUUUUUUGCCACCUGGUAUACUUAAGCAAAGCCUUGGAGAUGCUGCGCUUGGUACAAUUCAAAAACACUUUCAUGCUACAAGCAGUGAUGACAAAACGAAGAAUAAGGGUGAUCGUCAAGUUGGUAAUUCAUGGCUUGAUCUAUUCGCUGAAUUAGAUCCACUAGCGAAUAAUCCAAUGGAACGUCUCUCAAAUGACUGCAAUGCUCCAGCAUAACGAAAAGAAGAUAUGCUGCAGAUAAGUGAACUACCAUAGGUACUUAUGGCAUAUUUAGUUUAUACAUGACCUUAAUAGCAAAGAUACGAUUACAUUACCACGAUUUUAAUUUCAAAACGGUCAUAGACCAGUCAUUUAAUCAGAUAGAAUCUUUUACUAAAAAAAAAGGAUUUCAAAUCCGAAUGAUGUAGAAUCUCCAUGUACCGAUAACUUGCAAAUCGUCCAAGGGAUUUACAUUAUCCCAUAUUUAUAUUUGACAUUCCAAAUACAUAGACAUUAAGUAUUAUCAGGAGGCCUCGUGGAUUGUCCUUGAAUAUUAUUGGGUCUGAAACGGUUUAUAACCUAUCAAAUACUUUUUACUAAAGAUUACAAGGUAAAAUGAAGCUCUGUACUUUCAUCACUUUACUAGUCACAGAUUUAACACUCCAUUUCUUUUUGUUUAUAAUGGAAAAACCAAAGAUUUUUUCCCCUCUCUUUUUAAACAAAUAUCCUCAAAUAACAUUCCAUACUAGACACAAUAAUCAGAUAUAGUUUAAAGCUGCAGCGGCAUUUUUUAAUUGGAUUUACCACGUCGAGUGUGUCUACGUGUAAAGUUUACUAUAUGAGGUUAUAAUAAAAAAUACACCAAAACGGUGCAAUGGUA